GAUAUCGAUGAUUUGCAACCAUGCCACCCACGUCAAGUUGGGGCGGCAGAAGGAUUUCCCCACAUUUUGAUCGGAUCCACUUCAUGUCGGCUAAGUUGCCCGCUGGAACACGUGUUUGGACGCGUCGGGAUGACCAUAGAUACUGGUAGACAUGGAGAAAGUUGUCUGAUGUACUGAAUAUUGCCCUAUCUUCACCCCGACCUCGUUGUCUGCGCCACACCCAUCAGCGUCCUUUGUCAAGCCGACCAACAUGCAGAAUGGCAAAGCCACAAGCCCGAGGUUCCGCCGAGCGACCUCUUCAAGGUGUUAUACUAUGCUUUACGUCGAUAGGAACAGAAGAACGGACUCGCUAUGCCGACUUAGCAAUCCAGAUGGGAGCCGAACACAAAUUGGACCUUACCUCGGACACCACGCACCUCAUUGUCGGUAAUACUGACACUGCAAAAUACCAAUACGUCGCCAGAGAAAGGGAGGACAUAAAAGUGCUGCGACCUGAGUGGAUUGAGGCCGUGCGAGAAUGCUGGAUCAAUGACCUGGCUUUGAACCUGGACGCCCUGUCUCAGGAGUACCGCGUGCCCACAUUGGCCGGAUUGAAAAUAUGCAUCACAGGAUUCGACGAUCUCUCAUUUCGAGCCCAACUGCAGCGGAACGUCCUCGAGAAUGGUGGAGAAUAUACUGGUGACCUGACGAAAGAUGUGACUCACUUGAUCGCGGCAAAGCCUGAAGGGAAGAAGUAUGAAUAUGGUUUGCAGUGGCAGAAGAAAGUGGUUAGCCUCAAAUGGUACAAGGACACCCUUGAACGUGCGAUGCAAUUGGACGAAAGCCUAUACAACCCAACACUCCCUGUUGAAGCACAAGGCGUAGGUGCUUGGAAUCGUGGUUCGCAACGCUCUCCACGACCAGCUAAGCGUGCUCGAGAAGAGAGCAGUGUGCCUGAACCGGCCCGGAAACUCCGAAGAACCGCUAGUGCUAAGCUUGGGAGCCAGACACAGAACCUGUGGACCGAUAUUGUUGGGGGAGCUGGGUUCGACGCUGAACCCGUUGAUCGUCUACAGCUCAAACCCUCUGUCUCAAUGCCUGUCUUACGGCACGGAGAAACAUCCAUGAAGCAGCCUACAAGUCCUCGAGCCGAACGUCAUGCAUCUGUGACGGCUUCAGAAAGUCGCCGAAGUGAUUCGGGGUUCCUGGCUGGCCAUACUUUCGUGGUUGAAGGUUUUGAUGAGAGACAGGAGAAAAUUGUACGCAGCAUCAUCCUCGACAACGAAGGAACCAUCACGUCCCCCGAAGAACCAUAUACCGCAAGCAACACAUUGUUAAUUGUUCCACAUAAUUGUGGAAAGGAAGGGAAAGCCGAAUUUUCACCUACCAGUACUACGCUGCAUGCUGUAUCCGAGUUGUGGCUGGAACGAUGUCUGUUCCAUAAAACGUUCGUGGAUGCGGAGAAAUAUCCUCUUGGACAGGUCAAAAGGCAGUGUCUCGGUCAAUUGUCGAGCCUUACAGUCAAUGCCACAGGCUUUGACGGUCUAGAAACUAAACACAUUUCGCAAAUGGUGAAGCUGCUAGGGGGCAAUUACACCGAGAAGUUCACCGCAGGUGUAUCCGUCCUUGUUUGUAAGAAAGGGAGCUACAACAGGGAAAAGCUUGGUAUGGCACGACGUGACGGUAUUCCUGCGGUUUCCGAAGACUGGCUGUGGUCAUCGAUAAGAGACGAGGAGAAAGCCCCGAUGGCGAAAUUCUCGGUUCACAAAAUACCUGUCCGAGCCGUGGACAACAAACAACAUGGCAGGCCGACGUCUAGACUAGAAGAAUACGUGGAAGUGAGCACGGUUCCACUAAGGCCUGAGGGCAAAGGUCAACCAGUGCAACUGGAGAGACAGCCGGAUCGGAGCCGGAAUGAGACGAAAAAAAUAUCCAAAAGGACAACUGAUGGGGUUGAGGUACAUCAAGACGCAAUGCGUGGAAGUCCUGGGCAAAUGGACGAAGGAGGACUAGGCACGGGAGAAGGGGACAUUCCGUCCGGACGUAGUGAGACACAAGCGGCCUCACCACAAGACCAAGAUUUUCCACUGCAGGAAUUGUCGUCUAACUCCCCAGGCAAGCACCAUCCUUUAACGGAGGCCAAAAAGAGCACAGCGCAACCCUUAGACGGUACCUCGAGCCUGCAUGAACCCAACGGGGUAGAGAACGACCAUGAAACUGCCAGGAGUGCUCCCGCUCAACCAGGCAACAGGUCCGGCAGUAUUCACGCCUUGAAUGGAGCCAUCCGCGAGUUCCUCGACCAAGAAAUUAGGAAGAAGCCUGCGGCGAGCGGGUCCAAUGAGCCCAAGAAGAAAGGCAGGCUCAUGGGUCGAGUUCUCAGCAACCUGUCCACCACCUCUGCAACUUCAAGGCAGUCCAGAGCUAGCUCGAUAGACAGUAUCAACACCGACGGGAUCGGCAGCGAAAUCGGUAACCCACCAUCUGUGCGACAGAGCGGCGAAGCCGGCUCCAUCACGGAGAAAUCGACCUUUUCUUUCGCUGGAAGGGCAAAGACGACGCUGGCGGGACUCAAGCCUCAUUCAGUGCCGAUGGAUGAUCUAGACAUGCCACAGCACAAUGGUCAACCGGAGGAGGAAACUCCUCGUUUGACGCAAUUAGGGUACGAGGAUCCUGAGGAAGCGAUAAUACUUCGAGAAAAGUUGGCGGCGUCAAGGCGAAAGAAGUCCAAGUUGGGCCAAGGGGAAGAAGAUCCGAAGCCCGGCGUGAGAAGAGUGAGAGUGGACAGGAAGAUACGUGACGACGAUGUCCUCACCGAUGCUGGAUGGGGAGUCGGAAGGCGGACGAGGCACAAACAUUAAAGUCUGCCAGACGAGAAGGAGAUUUGGACAACCUGAACCUCACUAUGAAUUAAUGAUACUUGGAUAGAGUUUUGAAUAUCUUGAGCUUGAAACAGAUAUUCAGCGUUGAGCUCCUCAAGGCAGCACGGGUGAUUGGUGACAUGUUGAUAUAAUUGUUAAAUGUAGUUUUACUGUGUCCGUGCUUUCAGGUCCAUGGACCUUGAAGUGACCGGUUCUCCAAGGUUGGAGAGAGAUGCUAUGUCGAAGAGUGUGCAAUACUUCACCAGAAUCUAACAAGUCAUUCGGAGAAUUGUAAGAAGCCCGUGAGUUAUCUUGUACCUUGUCUCCGCGACUCUAUUUGUUCC